AUGUUGAAUACCGCCGAAGAUACGGAAUGGAACGAUAUUCUUCGACAAAAAGGCAUACUGCCUCCCAAACCGUCCGCUCCGGUUGAGGAGCCUCCAUCGCCUCCUGAUCGAAAAACUUUGACAGUCGACCAGUUGGGAGAAAAAGUUGAAUUGGCCGAGGAUGGAGUAGAUGAAGAAGAUGCCAAGUUCCUAGAAGAGUAUCGUCGCAAGCGUAUUGCCAUGAUGCAAGCAGAAGCUGCGAAAGCUAAAUUUGGCUAUGUUCGAGAAAUUUCUAAAGCCGAAUGGAAGUCUGAAGUGACCGAAGCUGGGGAUGUGUUUGUCGUUAUACAUAUUGCACAGAACGGUCACCCAAUUUGUGCUCUGGUUGACUCCCAUCUCUCUGGUCUGGCACGAAAAUUCCCCGCUGUGAAAUUUCUUCGAGGUGAGGCCUGUUUGUGUAUUCCAAACUAUCCGGAGUCCAACUUACCAUCGUUGCUUAUCUACCGUUCCGGUGAUCUGAAGCAUCAACUUAUCGGUCCCGAGUCGGUUGGUGGCAAGGCUGUCAGCUUGAAAGGUUUAGAAUGGCGCCUGGGACAGCUGGGUGUGUUGGAAACCAAAUUGACUGAAGAUCCUGCUAAACGUAUCACUGUCUCCACUGUAUCUCGUCGAUCAACCAAUCGAAUUGGUCAUCGAGACUCGGAUGAAGAUUCGUCAGAUUCCGACUGA